GAAAAGCCCAAAGCGUCUGGACCAAUCAGAAGCCGCCAUUGCAAAUUAGAACCUAAUCAUAUCAGUGUGGAGGCGGGGCUUAAACCAGGACAAGAGAAGGUAACCAGCAGCAUAGUGUCAGACCCUAGCCAGACGCUGUGUCGUGCGCGCGCGUUUGUCUGCAUUAAAAAAUGACUGAAAAGCGGACAUGUGGUCCCGUGAGGAGGGAAAACCGAAGCCUAGCUUGAUGUUUGAACCAGAACGAGGACAUUUUCUCCCGAAGGAAUCGUCUCAGUCGGAGCUCGCGCUUGUUUCUCUGGGAAGAGCCACAUGGGUGGAGAUUAGAAGUAACGGGACGGGAUGUGGGACAAGAGACUGAACUGUGUCAUGAUGGGACCCGCGAGGAAAAACGGAAAUUACCCGGCGUCCCCGCGAGCUGUUUACGCAACAUGUCUCUGAAGGAGGGGCCAUAAAGGGAAGCCAGCAGCCCCCCAGAGUAAAAAGCCCGAACCCUUACUGACUCUCUGCCAUGAAGCCCCUCUUCCCCGGCCGGAUGAAAUGAGCUGACCCGGCCACGCCAUGACAGCGUUCGUCUCCACCGUGGGGCUGCUGCUGGAGAUGCUGCAGGCUCUCCUCCAUUCCCAGCGCGCGGCCUUUCUCGGGAUGGCCGUGUUGGUCGUGAUGAUCGCCGCAGACUCUCCUGUUGCUGAUGAGGUUCUGUUGGACUUCACACAGCCCCCUUUGGGAUUUCCUGGCGCUACUGCAAGUUCAAAAGGAUUAGAACCAUCAGCCUUACCAGAUUCACCACAGAUGACUCAGAGGCCAGAGUUUCCUAAUCCCCUUCCAAUCAAUUCUGAAUCAACCCAUGAGACUUGGACCUCCCACUUCAUUUGGAGGCAAAGUACAAAUGAAAAAUCCAAACCCGUAAUGCAGAGGGAUGCUGUCACAGAGGAGCCGCAUACUUCUGAAUCGUCUUUGUCAAGAACAGCUGAACCUGUUCCAGGACUGAGUCAACAGUUUGAGGAAACAGCUGACCGUAUCACAGAGAGGAAUUUAGAGCUGACACAUUCAGGAUACCAGACAUCCUCUCCCCUUCUGCCUCCUACAAGAACCAAGCAUCAGAAUUCAUCCAUAGCUUCCUUAAGCUCAUCUGCUACUGGUACCUCAAUACCCUAUUUAGCCAUCUAUUCUAAUGAUAAGAGGACGUCUAACAUUCAGGAGGCUGUAACUGCAGAGAAGACUUUGCCUUCUGGGAUUUUAACACGCGACAGGCCUCCUAAUUCCUCUGUUUCUACCACUUUGGCAGAAGAACCUUUUAGUCAACGAGUGGAAUCGAGUCAAGCGAGCCCCAUCAACUUUUCAUUGGUGGGUAGCUUACCAGAACACGAGGAAAACAUGCUAAGCUAUGACAAGAUUCACUCUCCUGGCUAUAAUGUGCCUUUAAGCACCUCUCAACCUACACUAAGUUCAUUUGAACCCAACGAGUUGCCUCCUGAGGACUUUUACCCAACCAACACCAUGGAAGUGGACUGGGGUUCUGGAGAUUAUUUAGAGACGAUGUCUUACUUUAAUUCAGACCAAGACAGUUACCCUUUGGUCACCAAGGUGCUAUCUGAUCCAUAUGAUCAGGAGGAAUACACAGAAAGCUAUGACACAUCUUUUCCUGCCAGAGUAGGAAUCUCCCUUACAUCUUUGCAGCAUCUUCAUGUGUCUCCUUCACCUAGUCUCUUCACCACAUACAGUACCAUUGUGCCAUACAGACAUCCUUCUUUAACCGCCUCAAUACCUCACCUCACCGUGGAGACUACUCCCACUCCUAUGACUGAUGUACCUGGAGAAUCCGACAUAAUGUGGGCAGAUUCUGUCACAGUUCAACCCACAUAUGUCCUGCUACCUGACAUGAACAGCUUAGAGUACUACACCACCCAACUAACCAAGGAUGGCUUUGACGUCAGAGCUGAAGAAAAUGUUACCGCUGUUUUGAUGAACUCAACAGAGGUUUCUCCCAUAGAGACGUACACCCACAGUUCAAAUGCGACUAUGGAGGAAUCUUCCAGUGAACUGUCAGGGUUUGGGCCUCUGGAAGAAUCCACCACAGAGGACAGCCGUCAACUGAUUAAUUCCUCUGCUCCUAUUCUUUAUCCUUCCAUUGUCCCAACCCACAUCCUAUAUCCCUUGUCUUCCAGUUGGAUGGUUGGUGAUUUAUCCAUCACUGAUUUGUCCAUACAGACAUUCACAGACAGCACUGCUUUAUCCAGCAUUUUGCAGCCAAGUGAAACACCUUUGCUUCCAGAAGAUUCAAUGUCCGCCUCAUCUCUCACAGAUGUCCAUUGGUUUGUCACAGAGUCUUUGCCAGAAGGUACCAUACACACAUCUGCUGUCUUAACGUCAACUGUUGCCUUCUCUCCGGUACUCACUGAUAUCCCUGUAAAUGAUUCUACUUCUGAUACAACGGAUGGAACCCACCAGAACCCGAUUUUGUCUACCGAACACACUCCCAGUACCUACUUUACUGAUUUCACAUCCCACAAUGCCACCUUAGACCCCCUGGUUAUGUCUGGUGAUCAGGGUGUGACUGAAGACGGAAAGGACCACACAGGUACGCUGAUCUCAACAGCCAGUGAAGUCAGAACUCUCUCUGCCUUACCAACAAGUCCAGCUGCCACGACUACCCCGUAUGAAGGGACGAAAGGUGCUUCUGCCACGACGGAAUCGUCUUCCACCGUCGGCUUCAUCUCCCCUACCAGAGAACAGACUUCAGCCCCAGCUACAACACCAAGACAGUACCUCUGCAAACUCGACAGACCUUCUUAUUUGACUAAAAUCGAUUUUCCUUCUGGAGCCACUGUUGGAUAUGCCAAGUCCCAACUGAGAGACUUGCUCAAACUGGAGUUCAACAAAUCAGUGGAGCUCCAGGUAGUGGACCCCCCACCAAAACUUGUUAUCCGGGUCGUGUCAGGAUCCGUCAUAUACACGGCCAUAUCUGUUGUCAAUGGACUGCAAAGGUCUGGACGCCGAUUCCUUUAUGUGGCUCCUAGUUUGACUCCACCAGACCGUAAAUAUCAGGUCCACACAGUGCUACAGUUUGUCCCGGGCCACAUCGACGUUCGGUUCUGCACCUUUAGCGAGUCCAUUGAAAGAGGCUUGAGCAGGGCCUUCGCAGAAGUGCGCCGGCGCUCACAGGCGUCCACCAACUUCACCAUGCACAUCAUAAACAUCACCACAGCUGCUCCCGGCAAUGAGGAACAACAGUCGAGGUUUCCAGUGGACAUCACCUUCACCAUUAGCGGUACCAGGGGUUACCUGACAGGGUCAGAGGUCAGUGACGCUCUGAUGACCCUCACGGUGGUGGAAUUCAGCUUCUACAUGGGCUUUCCUGUACUUCAGAUCGCUGAACCUUUCCAUUAUCCAGAGCUAAACACCAGCCAGCUGCUUCGCUCCACCUGGGUCAGAACAGUGCUUCUGGGUGUGCUGGAUCACGAAGUGAGACAAAGGACUUUCCAGGCUAACCUGGAACGCCGCGUGGCCUUGUUGUUCAGAGAAGCCUUGGGAUCGGUCAGACGAGUCAGAAGAGCCACCACCGUGGACAACAGCAGCAUUCAGGUUGUGGCGGCGAGUCGUCUGGCAGGUGAGGACCACCCGCUGGAGGUGGUGUACUUCGCGGAGAGUCCCGGCGGGGAGAGGAUGCCUGCUGUUCAAACAGCCAACCUGCUCAACAGCCUGGAUAUUCAAAGGGCUGCCAUUGUUUUGGGAUACCGUGUGCGCGGCGUUUUGGCUCAGCCUGUAGAGAAGGUGGCGUCAUCUCCAUCCGACAAAGAGAACGCCAACGUUUGGAUUGGCGUUGGGGUGGUGGUCCCCCUGCUUGUGGUGCUCCUCAUCCUUUCCAUCCUCUACUGGAAGCUGUGCCGCACAGACAAGCUGGAGUUCCAGCCAGACGCCAUGACUGCCAUCCAGCAGAGACAGAAGUUACAGGCUCCCAGCGUGAAGGGCUUCGACUUUGCCAAGCUCCAUCUUGGCCAGCAGAGCAAAGAUGAUGUCAUGGUGAUCCAGGAGCCCGUCCCACCGGCGCCUGCAUCCGGCCCGCUCCCGACAGCCAUUAAGCAAGGCCCCAGUCCAUCCGACAACGGCGAGAUCGCCACGGCCAGAACCUCGGCUUCUUCCACCAAGGCCUCCCACGGCGGGAGACGGAGAGAGAGGAUCUCCCCGUCAGACAGAGACUCUGUGGUGAGCGAUCAUUCCACCGAACGGGAAUCGACCGGGGAGAACCUGAGAGCCACCGCCGCCGCGCCCAGCGACAGCAAGCAGACCCGUAAGGCCCCCAUCAAUGUUUUAAAUGGCAGGAAUAGAAUUGGUCCUCCACCUUCAAACGGGGCCGCCAACGAGCAGCCGUCCUCUGCCGCGAUCUUUGAACACGUGGAUCGCACGUCCCGUGCCGCAGACGCCGCCAGGAGACUCCCCAACAAAAUCCAGCUUAUCGCCAUGCAGCCCAUGGCGGUUCCAGCGCUGCACAGCCCGCCGUCGCACGGACGACUGGCCGACGCAGAACAGAUCCAGGUGGCUCUGAGGCACAAGUCAGAGAUCGAACACCAUCGUAACAAGAUCCGGCUGCGCGCCAAACGGAAAGGCCACUACGAUUUCCCCGCCAUGGAAGACUUGAUAACCGGCGUCGGAGACGCCAAAGACCGCCAUCACAUCUACCACAAAGCUCAGUCCCAGAUGGAUAAGAUUCUUGACCCGGAGUCUCAGAUGCUGCCUGUCUUUAGGGAACAAAGGAAAAGCAGUCGUGGAAGACGUUCUCCUAGGCAAAGGCUGAGGAGUCAGCUGAAUGGAGGCAUGAUGGAAGCAGACAAAGACCAGCUCAUCACAGAAGAUGAUCCCGCCUACAGGAAGGGUCCUGGAGUCAACAAUGUGGCCUAUGUGUCGGACCCAGACCAGGGACCGGUGUCCCCUCACAGGAGUCCCUCCCCCACAGACGAGGUCUUCCUGGGUCCCGCCUCCUCCCCUCCAGGGCACGCCCCUCCGCCCCCCCCUUACAUUCCCCCACAGCCCUCCAUUGAAGAGGCGCGGCAGCAGAUGCACUCCCUAUUGGACGACGCCUUUGCUCUGGUGUCCCCCACUUCUCAGGGCAGCACGGCGGGGAUCACCCUGCCCGGGGGCAACGGCAACCCACAGGUCAAAAGCCCUGCAGGUUGUGGGCCUAGAGCCUGGGGCCCCACCUACUCAGCAUUUGGCCCCGCCCCCAGUAGAUUCCCUGAGCCGCCUCUGUCUUCUGCUGCAGGUCUGACGCCGCGACAGGGCUUUGGCUCCGCCUACACGCCAGCAGGAGAGGAAGUGGCGCCCGCGGAGCAGCUGCAGUCUGACGGCCCGUACUCCAGGAGGGGCUACUACGCUGACGAGCCGCCGUCCUCUGCCAGGCCGCGGCCGGUGGGCGGGACUACAGGAACCCAGCUCCAUCACCUCGCUCAGGUGGGCCUGACCGGCCACGCCAACGGCUACCCGGCGGGGGUCAGGGCCGCCUUCCCGGGCGGCCAGAACGGGGGCGUAGGCUGGAACCGUUACCAUGACAACAGUUUCACCAGGGAGGAACCGGAAAAAGAUGCAAUGCACCGGAGUGCAGCUCCGCCCGCCCACCUGGACGCCGCCGGCGUGGGGUAUUUGACCCCGCAGCGGGACAUUUCUCCUCCCACGCAUUCCUCCGCCUCCCUGAUCAAGGCCAUCCGAGAGGAGCUGCUGCGCCUCUCGCAGAAACAGACGGCGGCGUCCGGCUAUCGCAGCUGAGGCCGUCCGCUGUCGCCUCGCGGACGCCGUCUGCCUGCCUUCACCUCCCCCCCCCCCUCUGCUUCCCAUGGAAGUCCAGUCUCCCCCAGGACGGUCUCAACAACAAUCAUGAGUUAAAUCAGAACCAAAGGAGGCAUUUACACCCGGCUAGACGUGACGGAACGCAGACCUGAGGUGCCUGUGCCCCCCCGCCGCUCUGAUGAGACGAAUCCUGUCUUUAGUGUCCGUGGAGGAUCCAGGAUCAGACGUUUCUGCUCCGCUUCAGACUCAGUAUUCCGGUUUUACAAACCCGGACUCUAGUUUCUGUGUUGUCCUCCCGCUCCUCUCCGCGAUGCCCCGAUGGUCCGGGUUCCGCCCUCACGCUGGUGACGGCGUCAGACGUUUGCAGGUCACCCAAACACAAGACCGACGCCGUUCGUCACACCUGCAGGUCAUCCGUGCUGCGUGUUUCUGCGUUUGGUCACAUGAUGCACUGGACCACCUCAGGACCACGGAGUCCCGUCUGACGCAGCUUCAAGGCCCGCUCCCAUCAUCUGUGGAUCCAUCCCAGUGCUCUUUAAGUUCCUGUGUUGCUUUCUAGGACAUGGUUUCUGCAGAGCGGCUGGAGUUGUGGGCGGGACCGCCCCCCUUCCCCUCCCGAUUGCAGAGGUGCUUUCUCCAGGAAGCUGGUGACCCGUCCAGUGGAUUUUCACGCAUACGACCUUUUUCCCAGACGGCUUUUUGUCGUCGGAGUGGGUCUUCAAGGGGACGUCCACCCGGGUCGCCGGGGUUCUGCACGCGUUCCUGCGCUCAUCCCGCCAUCAGGCAGUGUUCAGAGUCUGGAGGAGCUUCACCUCAGAGACGCCGUCUUCUCUAAACUCUUCGCUCUGAAGAGAGCUGUGACGGUGCGAGAGGCGUAAUUUAUUUAAGUUAAAUAAAAAAAGACGAGUGGGUUGUUAAAGCAGUUCUGCUGCUGUUGUUGAGAGUUCAAACAUGUUCUGCUCCUCUGUGAUGUGCCUUUUGGACUCUCCAGAACCGGCAGAGCAGCGCUCGUCGGGUUUGAGUGCUCCUAAAGCCUCCGGCGCCGGUUCAGGUUAAAAAACAGUGAAACGGCGUUGGAUGGCGUCGGCUAUUGGCUUUCCUCUCGUGCUUCCCGCCUCCGUCUCCUGGAUUUCUGCUGCAGCAGCAUCAUCCUCGGUUCUUCAUGGCAGAAGUGCUGGCUGGCCCGACUCUGCCGUGAAAUCAGAAACUCACAGAGAAGCCGUCGCUCCACGUGUGUCCGCAUCGUCUGUGCAGAGGAAGGGUCGUGACCUUUCCGUGUUUCAGCCGCCGUUUCAUGAACAGAGAUUUAUGCCGCCACAUCGCAAACAAAACUUCCUAAGUUCCAAGUUCAAAGAUUAAAUGUUUGCUUUCAAAUACUUUGUCUUUUUGAAAAGAAAAAAAAGUUUUUGAAACCAAAUAAAAAAGAUUGAAGGCAAAAAAAUGUAUAUAUUUUAAAGCAAAGGUAUUUGAAAGCAAAUAUUCAAUAUUUUCAUUUGCAACUUAGAAAGCUUUGUUUGCAUAAAUAUCUGGUGUCCUCCUUUACGCUGACGCUGCAGUCACUAAAACCAAACAGAAGGGGGCAGCAAAGCCUCAUGAAGGGUUUUGGUCUCUGCAGAAAGCAAACAAGCUGCUUCUCUUUACUGCAUUGAUGUUCACGGUGAUUUAAUAAACUUUUCAUCCAUCUUCUGAAGUUCA